AAUAUUAUGGGAAUGCAUAUUAAUUUAACUUGUAAUAAUAAGUAAUUGAGUCCAUAAAGCUGUCAAGUAGUGGUCGGGUGACCGCGGAGAUUGGCUUUAAGAGUAAGAUCCACCCACCUGUUCUUCGCUCAGACGUCGUUCAUUUCGUGUCAGGAGCUCCGAUACCUUCUGAUCGUCAGCCUUCCUUCACCGUAGGUUCCGCAUGGCUGCUCAUCUCAUCGUUCUUUUCCUCUUCAGUGUGCUAAAAGGAGUUCACAGCAUAACUACAGUCAGUAAAGUAUCAGUGAAAGCUGGAAAAUCUAUCUCCAUCCCAUGUCUCUAUCACUACCAAUACAGAGACCAUGUGAAGAACUUGUGUGAAGGAUAUUUUUGGAAGUUCUGCAGAUAUGCAGUGAAAACAAAUGAAGCAGACCCUUCAGGAAAAUAUUUAAUCUCUGAUGACAAAAAACAGCGAACUUUCACUGUGACUAUAAACCAUCUGACAAAUCAAAACACUCAUUACUGGUGUGGAAUGGAGAUGAAUUCAUCAGAUACUGGAGUGUAUUUUCAGCUGUUAGUUACCAAUGGUACUCCAAGUCUCUAUGUUGAUCAUCAGAGGAUUACAGGAUAUAUUGGAGAAAACAUAACCAUCAGAUGUCACCACAGUAGCUCUGGAGAAAUGAAGUGGUGCAGGCUGGGCAGGAACUGUGUGACAGGAUCAUCUGGAUCUAUAGAUGGAACAACACUGACCGCUCAUAUGAGCGAACCAAAUGUUUUCACAGUGACCAUGAGUGGACUAAAGUCAGAGAACACUGGCUGGUAUUGGUGUGCUAAAGGUGACAUUCAGAUACCAGUAUAUUUAAAUGUUACUGAGAAAUUUAACACUACCACUACCCUUACAACUAUUAGUAUUACUUCUCAUGCUGUUGCUGGAAAUGGAAAAUUGACUACAAUGGAGCAAUGGAAUAAUUUUACAAUUGUAGAAAAUAAACAACACAGAGCUUCAUUUCCCCCAAAGAUCCUCAUCAUCCCUCUGAGUGUUUUGAUCGUGAUCGUAAUUGUGGUGCUGUUCAUCUGGUUUAUACUCAGACACAAAAAGAGCAAAGCAGAAUCAUCAGCCACAGCAAUGGUUGGAGAGGAAGUAACAUACUCUGAAGUUAGAACCAAGAAAAAAUGUUCACCCAAGGCUGUAACCGAAGUAACAUACUCUGAAGUCAGACCCAUGAAAAAACGUUCACCCAAGGCUGAAGGAAAAGAAACAGAAGUUACAUACAGCACAUUAGCUAAUCUCUACUGAAAUGCUUUGACAUUCAAACUUUUUUGCAAUCUUAACUUUCUCUGUACCUAUGUUACUGGAGUCCUUGUGAGAUAAAUGGUGUAAUGUGUUAUCUUAUCUGUUAUCUUAUUAUUAAAGAUAUGUUUAGUUCUUGUUGUUGCUAUUAUUAGUGAGGGUUUGAGUUUUCGUGUAUUUUAACAUUCCUCUAUGUUAAGUUCAUCUUGUUAUGUUAAAGCUCUUAAGUUGCUCAGUGUUUAGUCCUUUGUCUAUUAGAUCCUUUUGUGUCAUCACCCCUUGUGUUUUAGUCUCCCUUGUUGGUUCAUGUUGUCAAGUUGGUAUCAUGUCUGCAUCCCACCAUGUUUCCUGUUUAUUUUGAAAAUCUUGCUUCCCUGUUCUGUGUGCUCAGUUUACACUUCCCCUGUGGUGUUAUUAUGGUUUGUUCUGUCUGCUGUUUCCUCAUGUGUUUCCACUUCCCUUAAUCUCCCCUAUGUGUAUUUUAGUCUGUGUGUGUUCUUUCAGUCUUCAUCAGAUUGUCUGUGUUACCACCCAUCUCGGCUUGUCAAGGUUUUUUCAUGAUUUUUUGUUCUGUGCACGUUUCUAGUUCAUGUUUUUUGAUGUCAUAGUUCCUCUCAUGCCCCAGUGCAAAAUCAUGUUCAUAGUUGUUCAUAGUCUGUCCUAGUGUUCCCAGUUUCGGAUUCAGUUUAGUUUUCACUAUGUUGCCGUGUUUUGUUUCUUGUAAUCAGCCGUAAUAAAGGCUUGUUUUUUCUUUAACACUCAAGUCAAGUUCUUUGUCCCUUUGUGUCUGCUCUUGAGCCCGUUAAACUAACACAAGAAUCAUAGACCUGUCCGUUCGCUCUAAGCAUCAACAUCAACCUUUGUAUUUGUUGUACUUUGUUUAUAUAGCUUCUAAAUGAUGUAGAUGCUUGGUUCUAACCUACAACAAA